UGUGACUGAUCUUCACGGGAUCCAUUGCUAGAGGACAUCACUCUUUCCUUUCAGCUCUUACGUUAAAAGUAUAGUCAUUACUGAACCCCUGUUGGAUGACUAUUCAACAUGAGCCUGAUAUGAUGCGCCCAGCAAGUAUUCUCUUCUGCAUCAAUCAAGAGGACAUUCACACUGUUCAGAUUCCAAAUUUGAUGUGCAUCGAUUUCGGUUAUAAGGUGACAGUCAAGUCAUGAGAUCCUCCUCUUCCCGUCCGUCAAAUUUCUCAUCUAAAGAUUCUUUAUGGAAUCCGAGUCGGAUGCCUGAUCAAAUAUCGGUGUCCGAGUUUCUCUCGGAGACAACCGAGGACUACAAUUCUCCUACCACAUCCAGCUUCACGACCCGUUUGCAGAGCUGUAGGAACACAGUCAACAUUCUGGAAGAGGCUUUGGAUCAGGACAGGACUGCGCUGCAGAAGGUGAAGAAAUCGGUCAAGGCGAUCUACAGCUCAGGCCAAGACCACGUCCAGAAUGAGGAGAACUAUGCCCAGGCUCUGGAUAAGUUUGGCAGCAACUUCAUCAGCCAAGAAAACCCUGACCUGGGAACAGCUUUCGUCAAGUUCUCCACCCUGACCAAGGAGCUGUCAACCCUGCUCAAGAACCUGCUCCAGCUCCAGAACCAUAAUGUAAUCUUCACCCUGGACUCUCUGCUGAAGGGGGACCUGAAAGGCGUGAAAGGAGAUAUCAAGAAGCCCUUUGACAAAGCCUGGAAGGAUUAUGAAGCUAAAUUUACAAAGAUCGAGAAGGAGAAGAGGGAGCAUGCCAAGCAGCACGGGAUGAUUCGUACAGAGAUAACAGGCGCUGAGAUUGCUGAGGAGAUGGAGAAGGAACGCCGUCUCUUCCAACUCCAGAUGUGUGAGUACCUGAUCAAAGUCAACGAGAUCAAGACCAAGAAGGGAGUGGACCUUCUCCAGAACCUCAUCAAGUAUUACCACGCACAAUGCAACUUCUUCCAAGAUGGCUUGAAGACGGCGGAUAAGCUGAAGCAGUACAUUGAGAAGCUGGCUGCUGACCUCUACAAUAUAAAGCAGACCCAGGACGAGGAGAAGAAACAGCUGACGGCUCUCAGAGACUUGAUCAAGUCAUCCCUUCAGCUGGACCAGAAGGAGUCUAGAAGAGACUCCCAGAGUAAGCAGGGUGGCUAUAGUAUGCACCAGCUGCAGGGCAACAAAGAGUUUGGCUGUGAGAAGAAAGGCUACCUGAUGAAGAAGAGUGAUGGGCUGAGGAAGGUGUGGCAGAGGAGGAAGUGUUCAGUGAAGGGUGGCAUGCUCACCAUCGCUCAUGCUACGUCCAACAGGCAGCCUGUGAAACUCAACCUGCUCACCUGCCAGGUCAAGCCCUGUGCUGAGGACAGGAAGUGCUUCGAUCUCAUUUCCCAUAACCGGACCUAUCACUUCCAGGCUGAGGAUGAACAGGAGUUUGUCAUCUGGAUCUCUGUGCUAUCCAACAGUAAGGAGGAAGCUCUGAACAUGGCGUUCCGCGGAGAAGAGGACGGAGUAGGAGGAGAGGAUGGCCUGGAGGACCUGACCAAAGCCAUCAUAGAGGAGGUGCUGCGCAUGCCUGGCAAUGAAGUCUGCUGUGACUGUGGCGCUGCAGAUCCAAAAUGGCUGUCCACUAACCUGGGCAUCCUGACCUGCAUCGAGUGCUCUGGAAUCCACCGGGAGAUGGGAGUUCACAUCUCACGCAUCCAAUCCAUGGAGCUAGAUAAGCUAGGCACCUCUGAACUCUUGCUGGCUAAGAACGUAGGGAACAGUAGUUUCAAUGAAAUAAUGGAGGAGAACCUUCCUGGUCCCUCACCCAAACCCACACCUUCAAGUGACAUGACAGUGAGGAAGGAGUUCAUCAAUGCUAAGUAUGUGGACCACAAGUUUGCACGGAAGACCUGUACCUCCUCGGCAGCUAAGACCAUCGAGCUGUGUGAGGCGGUCAAGUCCAGGGACCUGCUGUCUCUCAUCCAGGUGUACGCUGAGGGGGUGGAGCUAAUGGAGCCACUGCCCGAGGGUGGACAGGAGGCCGGAGAGACUGCGCUCCACUACUCUGUGCGCACCGCCGACCAGACCUCACUACACCUUGUGGACUUCCUCGUACAAAACAGUGGGAACCUGGACAAGCAGACAGAAUGGGGAAACACUGCCCUGCACUACUGCUGCAUGUACGAGAAACACGAAUGCCUCAAACUACUGCUGAGGGGCAAACCAGCCACUGACAUCACCAAUCAGAAUGGUGAGACGGCGCUGGAUAUUGCCAGGCGUAUGAAGAACAGUCAGUGUGAGGAGGCACUGGUGCAGGCUGCAGCGGGGAAGUAUUACCCACAUGUCCACGUGGAGUAUGAGUGGAGCCUGAGGCUGGAGGAGCUGGACGAGAGCGAUGAUGAUCUCGAUGACAAGCCUAGUCCCAUAAAGAAGGACCGUUCCCCGCGGCCCCAGAGUUUCUGCCACUCGUCCAGCCUGUCUCCCCAUGACAAGCUGUCUCUGCCGGGCUUCAUCAGCCACCGGGACAAACAGCAGCGCAUGUCUUACAGCGCCUUCACCAACCAGAUGUACUCCGCCUCCACCGACCUCACUUCCUCUUCCCCCGUGGCAGAUGCCCCCCCUCUACCCCCCAGGAACCAGGGCAAAGCGCCGCACUUGGCAUUCCUCGGCUCUCACUCGCACUACGCCACUCUGGCCGGCACUCGACCAUACAUCACUCCUCCCUCCACCCUCACCCCCGGAGGCAGCUCCACCCUGUCCAAGAAGAGGCCUCCGCCCCCUCCCCCCGGGCACAAACGCACCCUGUCUGACCCACCCAGCCCGCUUUCCCACAGUAGAGGGGGCAUUUACGUGGGAAGUGACUCCAUCCCUCCACCUGCGAACAAGAUGUCACCGUUAUCCAACAAGUUUGAGGGCAUUCCACAGCAGCAAAGCACUACUUCUAGCAACACAAAGUCUACACUUGGUCCAAGGGUUCUACCCAAACUACCUCAGAAAGUGGCACUGCGUAAAAUCGACACCAUACACCCAUCUAUGGACAAACCCGGUCUGCCUCCGGAGGUGCUCCAGAAAUCCCCUCCAGGACCUGAAUGCCUAACAAAAGCCAUUCUACCCGACAAGCCCCAACUAGGAGACCUCCCCCCCAAACCCCAGCCCUCUGAGCUGCCCCCUAAACCUGGAGAACUGCCACCCAAGCCCCAGCUCUCCGACCUCCCCCCCAAACCGCAGCUAGGGGACCUACCACCUAAACCCCUGCUCAAAGACCUACCCCCCAAACCUCAGCUCUCCCAAGACGGCCAUCCGAAACCGGGGGUAGCAGAUCUGCCCAGUCCGAGACCACCCCCUGGAGAGCCUGCGCCGAAGCCCCACCCCCCGGAGUCAGCGGCGGCCAAUCAGCAGGCAGAGACUGAGAGCCCGUCCUCCCAGGGCAGCGAGGACACCAAUGGGAGCCCGGCGUGUGCUCCAGACACACCAGUGCCCUUGCCCAGGAAGAAUACGGGGAAGACCAAAUCUCGGCGGGUGAAGACCAUCUAUGACUGCCAGGCCGACAAUGAUGACGAGCUGACAUUUGUGGAGGGAGAGGUGAUCAUAGUGACGGGAGAGGAGGACGGGGAGUGGUGGAUCGGCCACAUUGAAGGGCACCCGGAGAGGAAAGGGGUGUUCCCAAUGUCCUUUGUCCACAUCCUGAGUGACUGACAGCCAGACGAGGCUUGCACUAACCCCGCCGCCCUAACCCCUAGAAGUACCCCUGUACUGUAAAUAGCUACUGUAACAACCUGACGUGAAACCAGUGUUCUAAAGAGAAAAAAAAAACGCAAUGAAGAAAACCAAGUAGGCUCAACUAGCCACUGGAUGCUGAGCACAUCCAUUUUGUAAAUACAAAUGUGUGUAUUUUUCCUCUUACCAGUAUUAUCUUAAUCUUAGAGCACGACCUAUGGCUGCCGUAGCCACUCUUACCCUAAAGUGUAUGUUUAUGCUGUUACUGUGUAUAUAUGUAUGUAAAUAUAUUUGUGUGUGUGUGUGUAUAUACAUGUACAAGCAUACAUGCGUUCUCUGCUUGCCAGAUAAUAACCAAGUAUCAGGGCAGCCGUGUUUGCAUUUUAUCUGUAAUCAUUUUACUAGUCAUCCCUGAUAUCAUUGCUUGCAUUUCUGGAGAAGGCCAAAUAUGAAGGAAUAGGAAAGAGAUCAUGUCACUAGUCUCUCACCGUUUCCUCAUCCUACACCACAUUAGACUGGAGAUUCUCAUGUCUCCAACUGAAACCUACCAUGAAAACUCAGCUGAGGAUUAAAUAUGUAUUCAUUCAAUGUAUUCCUUGUUCUUGCUCGCUUUGUGUGUACAUGUAUUCGGAUUGUUUUACAGUAUUGACACUUGCUGCUACUUUAUGGUGGGAUAUCAGAAACCCCUGUGGAACCGCACAGGUCACCAGUAGUAGACUUAACAGUUUCACUCUGUCAAGUUAUCUUCACGCUGUACUAUGUGGAAUUGAGCAGAGUGCUAUUUAAAAUGCCACUCAAAUCAGGGUUUGAAGAACCACUUCUGAUAGCCACUAACUCUCACAAGUACAUAUGGGAAGGUCAAUGUCAGUAGGCAAGAAUGUGAUAAUUCUGAUGGCCUGGAGAGAUUUGAACUAAUGUCCAAUGACAUUUCAAACUUAAUGUGGCGUCAAUGAUUUCCAGACGAGAGCUCCACUGUUAAGGAUACAAACUAAAAUGUAGACAGUUUGUGGAUAUUUAUUAAAUCCAGCGAGGCAGUCAAGCAGAAAUAGUUUGCCUGUCACAGGGUUUUCCUCAGAACGCCGAGUACUUUUUUGGAUGACAGGAAAUUGCAAAUAGUGAACAGGAUAUGUACCCUUCACUCCCCAUUGACUUCAUCUCCUCUGGUUUCAACCCAUGUAAAGGAAUAUCAACCCCAAUCAUUCCAUUGUACUAAUAAAAGUGUUGUAAUGGAUGACGUCUUUGCCUUUAUUAUACUGAAAAAUAAACGCACCAUGUAAA